GGGCGCGCGGCGGGCCGGGGCCGGGCGGUGGCGAAAGCUCCGCGAUGCCGCUGCUGUUCCUGGAGCGCUUUCCCUGGCCCAGCCUCCGCACCUACACGGCGCUCAGCGCCCUGGCGCUGCUGGGCGCCGGCCUCAGCGCCUACCGCGCCCUCAGCCAGGCGCCCGGCGGGGCGGCGGGCACCAAGCCGGCCGAGCCUCAGCGCUGCGCCGGCCCACGGGCCCUGGACGUCGCCUACUACCUGCUCUCCGACAGCCUCUGCGUCUGGGUACUAGUGAACACUGCCUGCUGUUUUCUGAUGCUGGUUGCUAAGCUAAUUCAGUGUAUGGUGUUUGGUCCUCUUCGUGUCAGUGAGAGGCAGCAUCUCAAGGAUAAAUUCUGGAAUUUCAUUUUCUACAAGUUCAUCUUCAUUUUUGGUGUGCUGAAUGUUCAGACAGUGGAAGAAGUAGUGAUGUGGUGCCUCUGGUUCUCUGGACUUGUGUUUCUCCAUCUGAUGGUUCAGCUCUGCAAGGACCGCUUUGAAUAUCUUUCCUUUUCUCCUACCACACCCAUGAGCAGCCACGUCAGAGUGCUGGCCCUGCUCAUAGCCAUGCUCCUGUCCUGCUGUGGAUUAGCAGUUGUCUGUGGAGUUGUUGGCUACACCCAUGGCAUGCACACACUGGCUUUCAUGGCAGCAGAGUCUUUGCUGGUGACAGUCAGAACUGCUCAUGUGAUUUUACGAUAUGUAGUUCAUCUCUGGGAUCUCAACCAUGAAGGAACGUGGGAGGGCAAAGGCACUUAUGUCUACUACACAGAUUUUGUCAUGGAGCUAACCUUGCUUUCCCUGGACUUGAUGCAUCAUAUUCAUAUGCUGCUGUUUGGCAAUAUUUGGUUGUCAAUGGCGAGCCUAGUGAUUUUCAUGCAGCUGCGCUACCUGUUCCACGAGGUGCAGCGGCGAAUUCGGCGGCACAAAAACUACCUGCGUGUGGUUGGAAACAUGGAAGCCAGGUUUGCAGUUGCAACACCAGAGGAGCUGGCAGUGAACAAUGAUGACUGUGCCAUUUGCUGGGACUCCAUGCAAUCUGCACGUAAACUCCCUUGUGGCCACCUUUUCCACAACUCCUGCCUGCGGUCCUGGCUGGAACAAGACACAUCUUGCCCCACCUGCAGAAUGUCUCUUAAUAUCACUGACAGCCAUCACGUGAGGGAGGAUCACCAAAGGGAGAAUCUGGAUGAGAACCUGGUCCCUGUGGCAGCAGCAGAAGGCAGACCACGUCUGAACCAGCACAAUCACUUCUUCCACUUUGACGGCUCCCGAAUUGCCAGCUGGCUGCCCAGUUUUUCUGUGGAAGUGAUGCAUACUACCAACAUCCUUGGAAUUGCACAAGCCAGCAACUCACAGCUCAAUGUUAUGUGUUGCUCUUCAGUCACUCAAGAGUCUUGUAUAGAUCUUUAUCAAAAAGGCUGUCAUAAGAAGAAAGUUGGGAAGCUUUUGAAGCCUUUGUGCAUCUACAGGCAUUGUUCAGGGCCAUGUGGUGUCUCCCUAGGAGCUGCAGUUUUGGUGUUGACUUCAGUGGAGGCAGCAUAUUGCCCUGCCCAUCAGAUUCAGGAGAUGUUCCCUCAGGUUCCUUAUCAUUUAGUUCUGCAGGAUCUGCAGUUAACUCGUUCUGUGGAGAUCACCACUGACAACAUCCUAGAAGGGCGCAUCCAGGUGCCUUUCCCCACACAGCGUGCAGAUAGCAUUAGACCUGCAUUGAACAACUCUGUGGAAAGGCACAGUACUGAUCAGGAGGAUACUGGAACUGUCACACAGACUGAGAGAGUGCCACUUGAACUGAACUCCAGACUGGAAGAAAUGGUGGAAUUGAACGAAAUGGAAGCAGAACCUAAUGAAGCAGAAGAUUUUGAGGCCAGGGGAAGUCGCUUUUCCAAGUCAGCCGAUGAAAGGCAGCGUAUGUUGGUUCAGCGGAAGGAGGACUUGUUGCAACAAGCUCGAAAGCGUUACUUAAACAAAACCUCCGAUGAGGAGCUGAGCACAGAGAAGCCUUUGCCCGAGGGAGCGACGGCCGACGCCGUCACGCUGCGCCGCAGGACCCUCGCUGCCGCUGCCGAACGGAGACUUCAGAUGCAGCAAAACUCUUAGCGCUCGCUGCCCCUCCUUCCUCCUCCUCGUGAGCAACGUUGAAUAAAUAAAUUAAAUACAAAAAACCCUGCGCUUUCUAUACCAGCAGGAAAGUGUCUCUUCAGAGUUCAGCUGGCUGUGCUGCCGAGUGAGCUGGCUGCCUCUCUGCUGUAUAAAGCAUGUGGUCUAAUAAUGUUUGGACAGCUGACAAAUUAACCUUUUUUGUAAUAUUUUCUAUGUGACGUUGAUCCUCUCCACAAAAAAAGGCAAUUUCUAAACCACGGGCACGAUUUCUACAGCUGGCAUGAGCUAUGGGGCUGACUGUACAGCAGAGGCUGGGGAAGUGUGUUCUGAGCUAGCUGUGGGUGCAGGUCAGGGAGUGCACGGCAUGUUCUGCUCGAGAUCGGGGCACUUACUCCGAGGGAAGGAAGCUUAGAAGCUUGCAGCAAGCCCUGUGUUAGACGAGCAGGCUCCUCAGUCCUGUUCCUACAGCAGCCAAGGUGUUCCGUAGGGCGGCUUGAAGGGCCGGGGGAGCAUCACUGGGAGGUUUUUACACUGGAUGAAGUUGUCCGGCUACACAACACAGAAAAACCUGAAUUCACGAGUUGUGCAGCAAAGCGCCGAUUCACGCCAAUUCCCGCGUAAAAUAGUUCAAUGUUGCUGGGAUCUUGUGCACUGGCAGAGGUUUGGCUCUGUUAUCCCCAGGGCUGCACUUUGCCUUUUGUGUCCAGGAGCAAGCGAGGGACAGAGGGGCCUAAGGCCAGGUUACAGUGUUGCCAGGAGCCAGGGGAGUCAAAAGUAAAACCUGCCUGUCCUGGACUCCAGCGCAACACGGAUGGGACGGCGCGGAGAUCGCUGCAUUAUCUUGCUUUUUAUUUCAUUUUUAACCCCACAACCUCACCCUGAGUUUAUUCAGAAAGACUGGAGGAAUGGGGGCAGCUGGACCUUUGCUGGCUGCAGCCCAACCUGCUAACCUGGAUUUUCUUAAAAACUUUUGAGAUCCCCUUGGCACCGCCGCCGCUAGCUUACAUAGUUGAAUUUUACAUGGCAGUGACUUAAUUUUUAAACUUCUGGAGAGUGACUUCUAGUUUCACUGUCCUUUAGAAGGAGCCCAGUAUUAUCUAGAAUUGUUGGUAAUUUUUUUACUGUUGGUUUUUAGGUGAAGGUGAAUUUAAUGAGAGGAAUUGCAUCGAUGUUUAGGUAAAAAUAAUUUAUUUCAAUAAAACUCUUUGGGAAGCCUUACCUUGCAAUGCUAUUAGUAAACCUCAAAAAAAAUUUUUGAGAUCUUGGGUUUUGCUUUGAACACAGCUGUUUUGUUUUUACUGUUAAAAAACCCCAACCAAACAAAAAUAAAACCUUGAUCAGUGUUGGAAAUUGA